AUGCCACUCUACGCCUCCGUGCACGUCUCCCCCUCCAUCCCCUGGACCGCCCCCAACGGCAAACCCGGCGGCCCCUGGUCCCCGAUCGCCUGCACACUGAUCCACACAUCCCGCCACGCCGUGCUGGUCGACACGCCCAUCACCGUGUCCCAGACCGAGGCGCUCAUAACGUGGAUCGAGCAGACGCUCCAACCGGGCGCGACACUCGAAUACAUCUACAUCACGCACGGGCACGGCGACCACUGGUUCGGGCUGAACAUGCUGCUGCAGAAAUUCCCCACCGCCCGCGCCGUCGCGACCCAGGGCACCAUCGCGCACAUGCAAGGGCAGAUCGAGCCCAGGGCCUUUAAGAACAUGUGGGGGUCGAGAUUCCCGGGCCAGAUCGAUGUGAAGUUCAAGCUGGCCGAGCCGUUGCCUCAAUCGGGCACAUUCUACCUCCCAUUGGACGGAAACGACCGUGGCGUUCACGGAGGUGGUGACGAGGGCGUCACUUCUCAAGGCUACACCUUCCAGGCCAUCGAGGUAGGGCACACCGACACGCACUCGUCCACCGUGCUCUUCUGCCCGCACCUCCGCCUCGUGUGCGCCGGCGACGUCGUCUACGGCGACGUGCACCAGAUGCUCGGCGAAGCCAACACGCACGCCCUGCGCAUGGAAUGGGUCCGCGCCGUCGACACCGUUUCUUCCCUUUCCCCUCGCCCGGAGAUCGUCGUCCCGGGCCACGUCAAGGCCCAGGAACUGUGCGGGGCCUGGCACCUCGACAGGACGAGGCGGUAUCUUCUCGACUUUGACGCUCUCGUUGAAGGCGGCGACGGCGACGGCCACAGCGCGGGAGACGGCUUGCGGCAGAAGCAGCAGCCGAAAAACGCCCGCGAGCUCGUGGCUAGGAUGAAGGAAUUGUGGCCCACGAGGUUCAAUGAUGGGGCAUUGAUUGUGGGCGCGAUUAACGCGUUCAAGGUCAAGGAGAAGGAGGCGGCCAACAAGGCCAAGGCUAGCGGCGGCGGUGGGAAGUUGUGA